CGCGUGGAUGUUAUUAACCGCUAUGGCGAACGUUUGUUACGGAAGCUCAGACAGCAAAUGUUAUUGUUGCUCUUUGUUUGCUGUGUAAGCUAAUUUCCUGGGAGUCGUCUGCUAGCUAACGUUAGCUGGCGGAUUAUUUGCCGUCGUUUCCAGAGUGCAUAUUUCAGAAGAGUUGGAACCCCCCCCUCAUAUUGUAGCUUCAGGACUGGGGGCCAAGCAGGAGGAAACGCAUUACGGGGACCAGAAGUCAGGGGACAAUGCGAGUCCACGUGCACACCAAGUUCUGUUUCCUGUGUGUGCUCACCUUCCUCUUCCAUCAGUGCAACCACUGCCACGGAGAAGGGCACAGCCAUCAGCACGAUGGGCAUCACCACGCCGACCACAACCACGUCCACAGCGACCUGCAGAUUUCUGAGGCUCCGUACGUUAGAGGAGCCACUCUGACCCCGGGGGCCAGGAGCACUCAGGGUCACUCUCUAGAGGAGGAGCAGCGCUUCUACAUCCAGCAGCUGUUCAGGCGCUACGGCCAGAAAGACCGUCUAGAUUUCCAGGGCUUUCAAAGUCUGCUGUUUAGCCUGGGUCUGGGCGAAGUGAAGGUGGUUGAUGUGGAUCACGAGGAUCUGGGCCACGACCACGUAGCUCACCUCGACCUGCUGGAUGUGCAGGAGGGGCUUCACACACAUUCAUCCACCAACGAAGGCCAUAGCCAGGGUCACGGACAUGGGCAUGGGCAUCCACGCCACAAGCCCGGCUCCCACCAUCCACACACAGAACAGGUUCCCACACGGUGCAGCCAGGACACCACUGCUGCCAGUCCAGCUGCUGGUGAUGACCAUAAACAUGAUCAUGACCAUUCUGACGGACAUGUGCAGGGCGCGCAUGAUCAUGAUCAUCCCCACGACCACGAUCACACACAUGACACAGAGCACAAACAUGAGCAGGUGCACUCCAACCACAAGGACCUGUCUUCUCAACCUCACAGUGAUCACCAACAUGACCGCGAUCAUGUCCACGAAGCGCAGACAGGCACAGACAUUCCUCCCGUCAACCUACAACAGCCGCCCGGGGCCCCUCAGGAGCUGCAGUCCUCUCCUGCCACUACAGAAAGCCGGCCUAAGAAGCCGAGAAAGCCAGCCAGGGCCAGAGGACAGAGAGGGCGAGGCAAAACGCCCUCUCCUGUCACACCCGAGUCUGAUGACCAUGACCAUCAACACGAACACAGUCACGACCUUGACCGCGAUCACGGUCACUCUCAUAAAGAUAAGAGAGAAGCACGAAGAGGGUCCGCCUCCCCCACUUUGCCAGUCCCUGUCUUGUCUGCCCAUCCAGGUGGACUGUUUCAUCAGCAUGAGGAGUGUUUGAACCUGACUCAGCUGCUCACCUACUACGGCCUGAGUCCCGAAUCGCUCAUCUCCCCCAGCCAGUUCACCUACCUGUGUCCUGCCCUGCUCUACCAGAUAGAUAGUCGCGUCUGCAUCCGCCAUUACCACCAGAUGGAUGUGAAGCAGGAAGCCCUGGAGCCCGUCAGCUCCGUGUGGGUGUGGCUGUGGGGCUUUGUGUCCAUCACCAUCAUCAGCCUGCUGUCUCUGCUGGGCGUGGUGCUCGUACCCAUCCUCAACCAAGCCUGCUUCAAGUUCCUGCUCACCUUCUUGGUGGCGCUGGCAGUGGGCACGCUCAGUGGCGACGCUCUCCUCCAUCUGAUGCCCCAUUCUCAAGGGCAGCACGACCACGGCGAGCAUGCCAAGGGCGAAGAAGAAACCGAUCUGGCAACAGCCUUCGAUGGAGUGUGGAAGGGCCUCACAGCGCUGGCUGGCAUCUACCUCCUCUUCAUCAUCGAACACUGUAUCGGCAUGUUUAAGCACUACAAAGACCACAGGGACAUGAAGAAGGCGAGUGAGGAGGGCAAGAUCGGCAGGAAGUUGUCAGAUCACAAGUUAAACCGCCGCUCAGAUGCAGAGUGGCUGCACCUGAAGUCCCUCGGUGAAGACCCCGACAGCACCGCCGUCUCCUGCGACAACGGGCACAACGACACGCAGCUCACCGAGAUCCAGACGCCCGACUCUCCCACCAACAUGACGCCACUUGCGCCCGCGCACCCCCAACAAGACCGCCAGUCACCCACCAAGGAGAAUGGACGCAAGGCCAAGCAGCGCGGCCACGGACACUCGCACGGACACGGGCACUCUCACGGUGGGAACUGCCACUCAGACCAGGAGAUGAAGGACGCUGGGAUAGCCAGCAUCGCCUGGAUGGUCAUCAUGGGCGACGGCAUGCAUAACUUCAGUGACGGCCUGGCGAUAGGUGCAGCAUUCAGUGCGAACCUGACGGGAGGCAUCAGUACAUCAGUGGCUGUUUUCUGCCAUGAAUUACCUCAUGAACUCGGUGACUUUGCGGUGCUGCUGAAAGCGGGGAUGUCAGUGAAGCAGGCCAUUGUCUACAAUCUGCUGUCCGCCCUCAUGGCCUACGUUGGCAUGGUGAUUGGCACAGCUGUGGGCCAGUACACACACAAUGUCACCAGCUGGAUCUUCGCCAUCACUGCCGGCAUGUUCCUUUAUGUGGCUCUGGUGGAUAUGCUGCCAGAAAUGCUUCACGGGGACAGUGAGGACCACAAGCGCUGCCAGCUGGGACACUUUAUGCUGCAGAACCUGGGCCUGCUGACCGGGUUCAGCAUCAUGCUGCUCAUCGCCAUCUUUGAAGACCAAAUCGUUUUUGAUUUUGGCUUCGACUAGAGGCUGGGGAUGGUUGCGGAGAGGGGGGUGGACAAUAUUGUUCUUCUUGGCCUUAACAUGCAUUGUUUGCGACGGCCCAGUCUUGCAUGCAACGUGAGUCUCAUUCAUGACCCGUGCCUCCAUUCCAAACAUUCAGCAGUAGCUUAUAAACACUCUGCUCCUCCAUCACCUCUCCUCUGUCAGCUCCAAUCUGUCUGCUCCCUGAGAAGCAAAAAAAAAUAAAAAGAAAGAAAGAAAAGAGAAUGAAAUGAAUGAAGAAUGAAAGAAGAGCGAGGAUGCACUCCAGCAGGAAAACACCUCCUCUGCUCUGAACUGGUCUGAAACUCUCAUCAAAAGAAGAGCUGUUGGUUGUAAAGGUGGUGCAGGACGCCUGUGUUCCUGCAGAGGCAGCUGUCACGGCCCAGCAGCUCGCCGUCUAUGCACCGUCACCUGUUAAUGUGUUGUCGCCGUAUCCUUCCAACCCCCCUCAACCUCCUUGUCUCUUAUCCACUCUUAACUGUGUCCCGUCAUCCAUGCCUCGUACAUCUGUGGUGUGUGUUCCGCCCGCCAUCCAUCAUCGGCUUUAGAUGUCGUCACGCUGUGUAUGAAACAUCUCGCGUCUCUCUGUGCCAAGCCCUGGCCACUGGAGCAGCAGAACCGCCGCCGCUCCACACACCGUCACCGUGUCCUUACAGAGACGGAAAACUCACUUUAGCUAGCUGCUACGUCUGGAAUAAGCCUUUUAGCUCGUGUUGCUUCACCUGCAAAGUGUGUUGACGGCUAGAAGCUGCAGUGUCAAAAUAGUAAAGCGUUCCCCUGACUUGUUUUUUUUGGGGUUUUUUUGCAACAACUUUCUCCAUUCAUUAUUAGUUAUAUUUUAUUGUCUGAUUUGAUCUAUGGGAUUAUUAAACCUUUGUAGCUCAUAGUGAUUGCUAACACAGCUGCCAAAGCCUUUACAAACUAGAAAGCCUUAUGACUGUUUUUGUUUAGAAACUAGAUGACACAAAUGUCUGACCAGUUCUUUUUAAGGGUUUGACAAUCUGUAGGCAAAAGGAGGCAUAUCCUUGUUAGGUCUUUUAAAUUAUGUCUUUCGUUAUAAGAAUCAGCAGCUUGAAAAUGUGAAUUCCCAAAACCUAGUUAUUCUCGUCUUCAUCAAAGUGUUGUAGUUUACUAGAUGUAUUUAAGGUGCUAAAAGCUGCGUUGUCCAAUCGGACCGCCCUGCAGUGGACAUUUAAUUACAGCAGGAGGUUGAUUUGUCACACUAAUGCAGUUUUGUUUCCUAUACUGUAAUUACAGGAGGUCUUUAUAGUGUCAGUAGUGCAGCAGCUAAAACGUUUGUUCCUGCUAAAAAUUUAUUUGGUGAAUACUUUUGUCAAGGAAUCAACGAGCCUCCUCACAAUCUGAGACAGACCGAGCAAAAGACAGUACUCCUGUAUCACAGCACUUCUAUUGGAUGUUUAACCCGCGUUAUCAAACCAUGUGGUAAAGAUUAUAAUUUUGAUCUUUUUACAAGCAUUCCUCAGGUAGCUUUCUGAGGAUGUACAUCAUCAUUACUCUGCUGACUCUGACCCCUGUGCCAAAACUGUGGAUUUUCAGUGGCUGGUGCUUGACACUGACCCGCCCCCCCCCUCUUCCCUUUUAGCCCUGACAUUCCUUUGGCUGUACUGCGGCUCACACGCUAAGCUAGGUAGCCUAGCUUCAGCUGCUGGAGCACACAGAUGUUGUGUGUGGCUUCACUUAUCCUGUCACUGUGUGACAUCCAUCGUCUAUGUCUUAACUGGUUGUAAAUCAUCGUCAGUCACGAAGUCAUGUGAUUGGUCUGACAGAAUCAUGCAUGAAGCAUGAGUGAAACGGUACAGACGUUGUGUCGAGUGUAAAUUUAUUUUCAUUCUUUGUACUGCAAAGUUAAAGUAUCGACAACCUUUGUUACUUUUUAAAUUAAGUCCGUGUGAAGAUCGUGAGAUGUUCUUUGGGGUGUGACCGGUGUUAUGAGCCUUUUUGAAAAAUGAUUCACGUGUGUGUGAGUACGCACCUUAUGCAUCAGUUCUUUACUUUUACAGGCAUUUUAUUAUUUUCAUCUUCAUAUUUAAUGUUAGUGCACACAGGACCUGAAUGUAUCUUCAGUUUGCUCUUACACCAAGUAAAGUUCAUCAUUUUCGAUAAAAUAUAAGUUUGACAUUUAUUCAGUUGUUUUCUACAAUAUUCAUUUUGAUUGUGUUUUUUUGAAUUUUUAAAAGAUUAUGAGUAUUUUUUUUUUUUGAAACAGUAUUUCUCCUGAGUUCCUGUAUUAUCGGUAUAAUUUCAAUCAAAUCUGUACUGUCAAGUGUUCGAUAAGAGUUAGUGACACUUAAAGAAACUACGCCCCAAAGUUUCUUCACUGUUUAUCGGGCAAAGAAUAGUCUGUAAAAUGAAGGCCCAUGAUUGUUCUCAUUUUUGCUUUGUUGUAUGUAGAUUUGUUUAGCAAUCUGGAUAUAAAAUGCAAAAUGUGACUUCUUUGCUGUUUGCCUGUCUGUACAUUCUCCCCAUUACGAAAGAAAAAUAAAGUCUGAAAAGAU